AUGUCAGAUGCUACUGAGUUAAGACGCAGACAGGCGGAAUUCUCUAAAGAGCUGCAUGGUGAUGACAUUGGAUCCAAAACAGGCGUUUCCGCAUUCCUGUCGAAAAACAGGUCUGCCCAGAAGGAGGCGGUGACCAAGUAUCUAAAACAUUGGGACGGCAAGGUGGACAAGGAUGCCGAGGACAGACGUCUGGAGGAUUACAACGAAUCUACGCACUCUUACUACAACGUUGUGACCGACUUCUACGAAUAUGGUUGGGGUUCUAGUUUCCAUUUCUCUCGUUAUUACAAGGGUGAGAACUUUUUCGCCGCUAUGGCCAGACAUGAGCACUACCUGGCUUACAAAGCUGGUAUCCAAAAGGGCGAUUUAGUUCUUGACGUUGGUUGCGGUGUCGGAGGUCCAGCGCGCGAGAUAUCGCGUUUCACCGGGUGCAACAUCAUCGGUUUGAACAACAACGACUACCAGAUCGCCAAGGCCAAGUGGUACUCGAAGAAGUACCAUUUGGAAGAUCAAUUGGACUUUGUCAAGGGCGAUUUCAUGAACAUGGACUUCGAACCAAACACCUUCGACAAGGUGUACGCCAUCGAGGCUACAUGUCAUGCGCCAAGCCUGGAGGGCGUCUACGGCCAGAUCUACAAGGUCUUGAAACCUGGCGGUACUUUUGCCGUGUACGAAUGGGUCAUGACCGAGAGAUACGACGAAUCAAACCCUAAACACAGAAAGAUCGCCUACGAAAUCGAAAUUGGUGACGGUAUCCCAAAGAUGUUCCAUGUCGACGUCGCCAAACAGGCUCUGACUAACGUGGGCUUCGAGGUCUCCGUUGCCCAGGAUCUUGCCGACAACGAUGAUGAGGUUCCGUGGUACUACCCACUGACCGGCGAGUGGAAAUACGUUCAAACACUAACCGAUCUCGGAACUUUUUUCAGAACUUCCUUCUUUGGUAGAAAAUUCACCAGCGCCAUGGUCUCACUGAUGGAGAAAGUCGGCAUCGCCCCAGAAGGCUCCUCAAAAGUCACCAACGCCUUGGAAGAAGCUGCGAUCGGUUUGGUUGCCGGUGGCAGAGAAAAGUUAUUCACUCCUAUGAUGCUGUUUGUCGCCAAGAAACCACUCGACGCAUCCGAUUAA